GUUGGCAUUUCAAAAAUGAACUUCCGGUGACAUUUUUUCUAAGUAUAUAAAACGAAAGAUUUUUUUAUAAAGCCACACUGAGACCUAGAGUUGAACAAGAAAAUAUACAUAGCAAUCUCAAUAUAAAUAAAUUUCAAAAUGGACAACUUUUUUGGUACAUGGAAGCAAGAAGGUAAAGCAGAAAAUAUGAAAGCUGUCAUGGAUGCUACCACCGGCGUUUCCGAUAAAGAGAAAGACUUGAUGAUAAAUAUGCUUAACAAUUUCGUAAUCAGUCGAAGUGGCGAUAAGUAUUCUAUGGUCCAUAGCUGUGACGAUCCACAACUAACAAAGUCCUACAUUUUCGAUCUUGACGAGCCACUGGAAUCGACUGAUAUUUUUGGUCGAAAAUUUAAGAGUAUUUUUAAACUGGCGAAUCCUAAUUUGUUGACCGAAACCUGCAGCGAAUGGACUGAUGGUGUAAUUGAUAUUUCGUAUGAAAUAACAAGUAGUGACACUCUGAAAUGUUCAAUCCAACUUAAAGGAGUUACAAGUACCAGCAUUUUCAAGAAAGUUACUUCUUAAAUAUCAACGGAGGACAGUAACGGUUCUUUCAUUCAAAAUUAAAGUUAAACCGAAAUAAAUGUCUUGAAACACAAAUACAA